AUGUCAAAUUCUCAUAAUGCUGCAGGAGUUGAACGACUCAAAGCUGAUAUUCAACAUGAAGAAGAGAUUAAAUCAACACUUGAACAAUCCUGUCAAGAAUUACAAAGCACUGCUGUUGAAUUAGAAAAACGAUUAAAAAUGAUUGAUGAAGAAAUGAAUACUCAUGCUGAUGUAGGUGGAUCAGUAGAAGGUAAUGAAUGGAAAACUCGUUUUGAAAAUCAAGAAGAAAUUAAUCGUCAUUUAACAAGACAAAUUGUUUUACUUGAUAAAAAUAUUCAACAAGCAAAAGAAGAACUUAAAGGCGCAAAAACACGUGCGUUGAAAGUAAAUCCGAAUGAAGUCGGCCCAGAAGCACUUCUUAGUGUAGAAAAUGAAAAAAAAAGUUUAUUAAGUCAAUUACGUGAUUUUGAAUGGCGAUUAGAACAAGAAAAUAAGGCUUAUCAUAAAGCAAAUGAUGAACGAAAACUUUUAACAAAUGAAAUAACUGAUGUUCGAAAUGCAAUAUCAGUUAUAAAAGAACGAUCACAUGCAGCGGAUUAUAAUAAAACAGAUCGAAGUGGACAUGUAUCUUAUCGAGAACCAAUUGAUAAUAAUCCAAUGGAUAAACGUCUUGAUCCAAAGAAAGGUCCAAUUAGUCGAAAUGCAGCACCACGUUCAUUACCAAGAUUGGAUAAAUAG